GAUGAUGAACAUGCAGCAGAUGAUGGCCAAGGCUGGAGGGGCCGCGCCCCAGCAGGGCAUGAACCCGAUGGCCGCCAUGAUGGGAGUUGGUGGCAAUGGCGCCGGCUCUGGCCCACGACUCCCAGCAGACAAGGAGAAGCCGACGCUUCCACAAGACGACGAUGAGACCAUCGACCCGGACAUACGCGAACUCGGGGAUUAUUUCAACAUAGAGGAGCGAUGGGUUGUUCGCUUGAACGAGGCGAUGAAGAAACGGCAAGACUCGAAGGCUGUAGACAUCGAGAAGCUUUAUGAGGUCUUAGAGAAGGCUCGGAGCCCGACGGGAUUACUUACCGUGCAAAUCGGAAAGAUGGAGUGCGGGCAGUUCGUUGGGAAGAUCAAGCCGGACAAGGACGUGGAGCGGAUGGCCAGAAAGUUCAAGCUCGACGAUCCCGUGACCUCCAGGCUUACUGAGCUCAAGGUUUGGCGGAAGCGAAAUGGCGAGGAAGACAGGGCCACAAAGGAUUUGGAGCGGAUAGAACACCACCUGCGCUUCGCAAAGAGGCCCAAUGCUCUCUGUACUCUUCUGGUGGGCAAGCUGAUUGAAUGUGAGAUGGAUGAGUUGCCAGACCUCGUGAAAGCAGAGAAGAUUAUGACGGAUUACAAACUUGACGAGGAUGCUUGUUCGAAGAUGCGGGAGAUCAUGGAGAAGCGCCGCUACGAAGACGAAGAUCGUGUGAUUGCCAGUGUCCGGAAGCACCUGAAUUCCGCCAGCAAUGCUUCCUCCAUGUCUCUCGGAUUUGCAAGCUUCUGGCAUCUUGUGGGUAUGUCUGUUGGUAUCAGUUGGUAUCACAUAGAGCUUUGGCUGCACCAGCUGCCUUUCUUGUACGACUGCCGGCUGUCCGUCAAAGCUGUCCUAAAUUUACUGAUCGAGCUGAUCAGCGAUCAGUGCGUUUGUUGGAUUUGUGCCAUUUGUGCCUUCAACUUAGCAACUUCGCCUUCAUUGCUCGAGCCCUUCGAUCCAGGUUGUGCAAAAUUGCCCGGCAGCUCAUCGAUGGACAAGACCUGCCGGAUCCGCCUGAGCGACCACCGAAAGGCAAAGGAGGAGGAAAGGACGGUGGCAAGGAAGAUGGCGAGCGUUCAGAGCGCCGACGUGAUGGCGCUGAUCGGCAUCACGACCGAGACCGCCACAGAGACCGCAGCCGCAGCCGAGACCGCCGGGAGCGCCGCGACAGCCGCGGCCGCUGACGUCAAGCAUCGGCCUCCGGCUGAGCAGAAGCCAGCGCUGGCAAAAGCAUCCGAGAAAGCGCGGGAGGCUCCACUGCUUCGGGGCCUUCCCCUUGCUGUCCUGGGGCCUGUGGAGGCUGUCCGGGCUGUCCAGGUUGUGGCGGGUGUCCCUGUCCGUGUGGCGGCUGCGGUCCUUGUGGCCCUUGUGGCUGUGGAGGCUGCUGUCCCUGCGGUCCGUGUGGUCCUUGCGGCUGUGGCUGUCCGCGCCCGGGUGGACCAGCUUGCCCACCAGGCUGUGGAGCGUGUCCGAGCUGCCCAGCAUGUCCGGGCGCCUGUCCUUGCCCUGGCGGAUGCCCAACUGGCUGCCCCGGCUGCUGUCCGGGUGGAUGUGGAGCCUGUUCUGGGGGCUGUCCGGGCUGCCCUGGAAUGCAUGGCAAACAUGGGUGGGGGCGGGCCUGUCCCGCAAGCUGCAGAAAAGGACAAGCCCGUAAUAAAGGAGGACGAUGACGAGACGAUAGACCCCGAUCUCCGCGAGCUUGGGGAUUAUUUCAACAUUGAGGAGCGCUGGGUGGUUCGCUUGAACGAGGCCAUGAAGAAGCGACAGGACACCAAAGCUCAGGACAUCGAGAAGCUAUAUGAGGUGCAGCGAUUCCGUGCGUGUCUGCAUGUUGUUGCCAAGGAGAAGGCUCGGAGUCCGACGGGACUCCUUACCGUGCAAAUCGGGAAGAUGGAGUGCGGGCAGUUCGUUGGCAAGAUCAAGCCGGACAAGGACGUGGAGCGGAUGGCGAGAAAAUUCAAGCUUGACGAUCAUGUCACUUCAAGAGUGACGGAGCUGAAGGCAUGGAUCUCAGGGAAGGUGGUUCUGGAAAGUUUCCGAAAGCAUGUAUUGUUUGGCCAUGAGUCGCCUGCCACAUUGCAGCUUUCAUCGAGGCUUCUUAUUCUAACCUGGAAGGUGUGGCGGAAACGCACCGGCGAAGAAGAUCGUGCUGCGAAGGACUUCCACUUAGCUGCCGUCAUCAGCUCCUGCUGCUUAAGGUUAUCUGCUUUUUCUGUGAACUUUCUGCAGGACUUGGAGCGUAUAGAGUAUCACUUGCGCUUCGCCAAGAGGCCCAACGCACUGUGCACACUCCUAGUGGCCUGGCACAAUGUUGGCACAGUUGGGCGGCUGUUGGAGGGUGAGAUAGACGAGCUGCCAGACCUAACCAACGCCGAAAAGAUCAUGACAGAUUUCAAGCUGGAUGAGGAUUAUGAUGCUUGUUCAAAGCUGCGGGAGAUCAUCGAGAAGCGUUCUGCGGACGAAGAGCGCGUGCUUACCUCUGUUCGGAAGCACUUGAAAUCGGCGAGCAACGCUUCAUCAAUGUUGUGCAAAAUUGCCCGGCAGCUCAUCGAUGGACAAGACCUGCCGGAUCCGCCUGAGCGACCGCCGAAAGGCAAAGGAGGAGGAAAGGCCGAGACCGUGAUGGCGGUGAUCGGCAUCACGACCGGGACCGUCACUGUGCAGCAAGCACCGGUAAGCCAUACAGGUCACAAGCGGGACCGCAGCCGCAGCCGCGAUCGGCGGGAGCGCCGAGACAGUCGUGGCCGGAUAACACUCAGGUGGUUCCAAGUGGAGGAGGUGGAACUGACUCCGCUUCGGGGCCUUCCCCUUGCUGUCCUGGGGCCUGUGGAGGCUGUCCGGGCUGUCCAGGUUGUGGCGGGUGUCCCUGUCCGUGUGGCGGCUGCGGUCCUUGUGGCCCUUGUGGCUGCGGAGGCUGCUGUCCCUGCGGUCCGUGUGGUCCUUGCGGCUGUGGCUGUCCGCGCCCGGGUGGACCAGCUUGCCCACCAGGCUGUGGAGCGUGUCCGAGCUGCCCAGCAUGUCCGGGCGCCUGUCCUUGCCCUGGCGGGUGCCCAACUGGCUGCCCUGGCUGCUGUCCGGGUGGAUGUGGAGCCUGUCCUGGGGGCUGUCCGGGCUGCCCUGGAAUGA